UAUAGCCCCGCCUUCGUCUUCCAUCACGUCCUCAGACUGGCUUUAAAUAUCUGUGAACUGACUCGUGUUCAUCAUCUUUGUACCAAACCGACCAGUGAACAUGAGCGGAAGAGGGAAGGGAGGAAAAGGACUCGGCAAAGGAGGUGCCAAGCGUCACCGUAAAGUCCUCCGUGAUAACAUCCAGGGAAUCACCAAGCCCGCCAUCCGCCGUCUGGCUCGCCGCGGCGGAGUGAAACGCAUCUCCGGUCUGAUCUACGAGGAGACCCGCGGUGUGCUAAAGGUCUUCCUGGAGAACGUGAUCCGCGAUGCCGUCACCUACACCGAGCACGCCAAGAGGAAGACGGUGACCGCCAUGGAUGUGGUCUAUGCCCUGAAGAGACAGGGACGCACCCUGUACGGCUUCGGAGGAUAAACCCCGACUUCUGUUACCAACACACAAACGGUCCUUUU